AUGGAGAUUGUACACUAUAGAACACACUCAAAUGUGCCUAGUACUAGCAGAGAAACAUCCCAACAGGCUGAUGAAGAGGCUCUCAAAUGGGCUGCUCUUGAAAGGCUUCCAACAUAUGAAAGGGCCCGGAAAGGCAUUUUGCAUGGAGUUACAGGAGAUUUGAAGGAAACUGAUCUUCAAAAGCUUGGUUUUGAAGAGAGAAAGGAAUUAUUAAACAGGUUGAUUGGAGAUGUUGAUAACAAUGAAGAGUUCUUGAACAAGCUUAAGAGCAGAAUAGACAGAGUUUCUCUGAAUUUGCCAACAAUUGAAGUUCGGUUCGAGAAUCUGAAUGUUGAUGGUGAAGCCUAUGUGGGAAGCAGAGCCCUCCCCAGUAUACCAAAUUUCUACUUCAAUCUGAUAGAGAGUGUUGCAAAUUAUCUCCAUAUCCUUCCAAGUCGAAAGAAAAAGUUCCAAGUUCUUCAUAAUGUGAAUGGAAUUGUAAAACCUGGCAGAAUGGCACUUCUCUUAGGGCCUCCAGGAUCAGGAAAGACUACAUUGCUACAAGCUUUGUCAGGGAAACUUGACUCAACACUAAAGCUCUCUGGGGAAGUUACAUACAAUGGCCAUAAGCUGAAAGAGUUUGUGCCCGAAAGAACCUCUGCUUAUAUCAGCCAAUAUGAUGUUCACCUUCCCUUAUUGACAGUUAGAGAAACUUUAGCCUUCUCUGCAAAAUGUCAAGGAGUUGGUACUGGUUAUGAGAUGCUGACUGAGCUUCUGAGAAGGGAGAAACAACUAAAUAUCAAGCCAGAUCCCUAUCUCGAUGCACUGAUGAAGGCAUCAAUCUUGACAGAGCGCAAGGAAGAGAUAGUUACAGAAUAUAUACUUAAGAUCUUGGGGCUGGAUGUCUGUGCUGAUACUAUUGUAGGGGAUAAUAUGAUAAGGGGCGUUUCGGGUGGGCAAAAGAAACGUGUUACUACAGGGGAAAUGCUUGUUGGUCCAGUAAAUGCACUUUUCAUGGACAAUAUAUCUACAGGCCUUGACAGUUCAACCACAUUUCAGAUCAUCAACUCAAUUAGGCAAUCAAUCCACAUCCUCAAUAAGACUGCUAUAAUUUCUCUUCUGCAGCCUCCCCCUGAAACUUAUGAUCUCUUCGAUGAUGUUAUUCUUCUGUCAGAAGGAUACAUUGUUUACCAAGGGCCGCGUGAACAUGUCCUUGACUUCUUUGAAUUCAUGGGAUUCAAAUGUCCUGAGACAAAAGGAGUUGCAGACUUCCUGCAGGAAGUGACAUCAAAAAAGGAUCAGAGACAGUACUGGGUGAGUCAAGAGCAGCAUUACCAUUAUAUUUCUGUGAAGGAGUUUUCAGAGGCUUUUAAGUCAUUUCAUGUGGGAAAAUCCAUCCAACAUGAGCUUGCCACCCCAUUCAACAAGUACAAAAGCCACCCUGCAGCUUUGACAAAAACCAAAUAUGGAACCAAUAAGAUUGAACUGCUGAAGGCUUGCUUAUUAAGGGAAGUUACUCUGAUGAAAAGGAGUUCUUUUUUGCACAUUCUGAAGGCAAUUCAAUUAGAAAUUAAUGCCAUCAUUAUGGCAACAGUCUAUGCACAAGCCAGGAACCAUCACAGCUCAAUAGAAGAUGGAAGAGUCUAUCUGGGUGCACUCUUCUUUGCUCUCAAUAUAAUAAUGUUUACUGGAUUUUUUGAGCUCCCAUUAACCAUUAAUAAACUUCCAAUAUUCUAUAAGCAAAGAGACCUAGGCUUAUUUCCCUCAUGGGCAUUCUCGUUGCCAGCAUCGAUCAUAGGAGUGCCUAUAUCCAUUCUUGAAGUUGCCUUUUGGGUUGCUACAACUUAUUACAUAGUAGGAUAUGAUCCAAAUUUCACAAGCUUGCUUAAACAGUUCCUUGCUUUAACUCUGAGCGGACAGAUGGCCUAUUCACUUUUCCGAUGCAUUGCAGUAAUAACAAGGGAUCAUAUCAUUUCCAAUACAUGUGGAUCCCUUGCAGUGUUGUGGGUUAUGGUUUUUGGUGGAUUCAUUUUGUCAAAAGAUUCUUUACAUAAAUGGCUCACUUGGGGUUACUAUACUUCCCCUUUGAUGUAUGCCCAAACUGCAAUUUCAACAAAUGAAUUCCUUGGUGGAGCUUGGAAACGUGUUCUUAAUGGAUCAAAAGAAUCUCUAGGAGUAGCCAUCUUGAAAUCACGCGGGGUGUUCACCAGCCCAGAUUGGUAUUGGAUUAGUGUCAUUGCAUUGAUUGUUUUCACAUUCAUAUUCAAUGGAAUCUCCAUUUUGGCGCUUGCUUAUCUUAAUCAAUAUGGGAAAUCUCAGAUGGUUUUUCAUACAGAAAAUACAUCAGAAGAGAAUAACACUAACAGAACAGAUGAGACCAAUUGUGUUGAAACACUAAAUAAUAGAGCAAAACAUAGCAGAGCUAGCUCUAAGAAGUCGUCGAAAGGUGAAAGACUUCUGGAUAGAGGAAUGAUUUUACCAUUCAAACCACUUUGCUUAACCUUUGAGAAUAUCAGAUAUUCAAUUGAUAUGCCAAAGGCAAUGAAGGCUCAAGGUGUUUCAGAUGAUAGACUGGAACUACUAAAGGGAGUGAGUGGGAUAUUCAGGCCAGGAGUACUAACAGCCCUCAUGGGUGUUAGUGGUGCUGGGAAGACCACACUUCUAGACGUGUUGGCUGGAAGAAAAAACAGUGGACACAUAGAGGGAAACAUCACCAUUUCAGGCUACCCCAAGAAGCAGGAUAGUUUUGCUCGAAUUUCUGGAUACUGUGAACAGAAUGAUAUCCACUCUCCCCUCGUAACUGUACAUGAAUCUCUUAUAUAUUCGGCAUGGCUUCGUCUACAGCCAAAUAUUGACUCAAAGGCUAGAAAGCAUUUUGUUGAGGAGGUCAUGGAUUUGAUAGAGCUUACACCAUUGAAAAAUGCAUUGGUUGGAUUCCCAAAUGUGAAUGGACUUUCUAUUGAGCAGCGUAAAAGGUUAACUAUUGCGGUGGAGCUUGUGGCAAACCCCUCAAUAAUAUUCAUGGAUGAGCCAACCUCAGGACUUGAUGCCAGGGCAGCUGCCAUUGUAAUGAAAACUGUGAGAAAUACAGUGGAUACAGGAAGAACUGUAGUAUGCACAAUUCAUCAGCCAAGUAUUGACAUUUUUGAAUCAUUUGAUGAGCUCUUCCUUUUGGCACGAGGAGGUGAAGAGAUUUAUGUAGGACCUCUAGGAAGACAAUCUUGUCAAUUAAUCGAUUAUUUUGAGAAAAUUCCUGGAAUUGGUAAAAUAAGAGAAGGCUAUAACCCAGCAGCGUGGAUGUUGGAAGUGACAACAAGAGCACAAGAACAAGUUUUAGGUGUCAAUUUUGCAGAUAUAUACAAGAAAUCAUCUCUUUGCCAGAGAAACAAAGCUUUGAUUAGGGAGUUAAAUAUGCCACCUUCGAAUUCUCAAGAUCUUCACUUUUCUUCAAAGUACUCCCAGUCCUAUCUUACUCAAUGCAAAGCCUGUCUGUGGAAACAGAACAAAUCAUAUUGGAGGAACACACCAUACAAUGCUGUUAGACUUUUGUUUAGCACCGCAAUGGCCAUAAUGUUCGGGUUCAUAUUCUGGGGUCUUGGAAGAAAAAGAAGUACAAAAGAGGAAAUUUUCAAUGCUUUGGGUGCCAUGUUUCCUUCACUCGCAUUCAUGGGAUCGCAAAGUUCUGGUUCAGUUGGACCUCUUAUCAGCACAGAACGAAUAGUUUUUUACAGAGAGAAGGCUGCUGGGAUGUACUCUGCAUUGCCUUAUGCAAUUGCACAGGUUGCAAUUGAGAUCCCAUACACAAUAGCUCAGGUUACUAUCUAUGCGGUUAUAAAUUAUGCAAUGAUUGGAUUCGAAUGGACAGCCAGCAAGUUCUUGCUGAACUUGUUCUUCACCUUUUUCACAAUACUCUAUUUUAUUUAUUUUGGUAUGAUGUUAGAAGCAGUAAGUCCUAGUCAAGAAGUUGGUGCUAUAUUGAGUGGCACCUUUAAUACAAUGUGGAAUCUCUUUGCUGGUUUCGCAAUUCCCCGGACGAGAAUUGCAGUGUGGUGGAGAUGGUAUACUUGGCUGUCCCCAGUGUCAUGGAGUUUGUACGGAGUGAUUGUUUCACAGUUUGGGGAUUUACAGACUAAGCUUGAGUCUGGAGAGACAGUGGCUGAAUAUCUGAUGGAUUACAUGGGUUACAGAUAUGAUUUUCUUUGGGUGGCUUCUUUUGCAGUAAUUGGGUUUGCUUUGCUCUUUGUUUCAGUGUUUGCUUUUGCUAUGAAAUUCUUGAACUUUCAAAAAAGAUAGGCAAAAGG